AUGUCGCAUUACCUUGGAUACCGACAACGGAAGACGGCUGCAGCCGUGGGAGGAUACGGCCACGCUUCCGGAGAAUACUUCGAUCCUGGGGAGAAAUUUCCAGUGUGGCGUCGAAUCCCCUCCAUGAGCAUUACAAGAGGAUAUGCCGGCGUUGCUGCUCUCGACGAUUUGCUUUACGUUGUUGGCGGCUUGAGUGACGGAAAGCCUGUGAAUAGUGCUGAGAGGUAUUAA